AUGUCACCCAGCAGUCAGGUAAAGGUGGGGAGGGUGAGGACUAUGGUUGCCGGCAGACACCUGAGCCAGCAGACGGGACUACCCAGCGUGCCCGUCCCCCCUCUGCAGCAGACCUGUGAGCUCUACCUCAGCAUCCUGGAGCCCUUCUUGGACGUGGACGAGCUGAAGCGCACAAAAGAGCUGGUGAAGGACUUUCAGAAAGCAGGAGGGGUCGGAGAGAGACUGCAGAGAGGCCUGGAGAGGAGGGCACGCAGCACUGAGAACUGGUUAACAGACGAUUAUGUGAAGAGAGAUUUUCUCACUGAACGGAUGUCUUUGGUGGUUCUCUCCAACCCUGCCAUAGUUUAUCCCCGAAAGGUCUUCAGAGAGAAACAGGAUCAGAUAAGACCUGCUGGCUCUUGGAAGGAUUCUCUGCACUCUGCCAGAGCUGAGCUCUCUCCUGACAUUUACAGCAGUGCUCCAUGUGCAGACGACAGACUGGAAAAAGGACUGGUCCUGGACAGACCCUUUGUUCCCAGGUGUGCUGCAGAAUACAUCAAGGGCUUUUUGGAUGUAAAGACUUUGAUUGACACCAAUACUCUACCAGCUGAGUACAUGAAAGGGAAGCCGCUGUGUAUGAAGCAGUACCAGCAGCUGAUCUCAUCCUGCCGUGUCCCAGGUCUGAAAACGGAUUCGGUGGUGUUCUACGCCAAGAGCUCCAACCCCCCAAAACACAUCACUGUCGUACACAACAACCAGUUCUUUGCGUUGGAUGUGUACAACAGUGACGGGACCCCGCUGACAUGUGACCAGCUCUGUGUUCAGCUGGAGAGGAUCUGCUCCUUCUCACUACAGACCGACACCGAGCCUGUGGGCAUCCUCACCACCCAGCAUCGGGACAUCUGGACCAAAGCCUAUAUCAACCUGAUCAAGGAUAAGACCAACAGAGAGUCAGUGUCAGCCAUCCAAAGCAGCAUCUUCACAGUGUGUUUGGACGGAGCGAUGCCCCCGGUGUCGGAGGAGAGGUAUCGCAGCAGCGUCAUCCUCUGGCUCCUGACUGGAGGAGGCAGCCAAUGCAACAGUGCCAACCGCUGGUUUGACAAGGGGCUGCAGCUCAUUAUUGGAGAAGACGGGAUAUGUGGUUUAAACUUCACACAUGCCACUGCUGAUGGUAUAACCGCAAUCACGCUGUCUGAAUAUGUUAUAGCUGACAUAACCAGGAAAAAGCCACAGAUGAUGCGGCCUGCUGUGGAGCCUUUACCCAUACCCCAGAAACUACACUUCAACAUCACGCCUGAGGUCACGAAGGAUAUUGAGGAGGCCAAGCAUGAAAUGGACAUACUGGUCCGAAACGCAGAUCUGAGCGCUGCAGUGUUUUAUGACUUUGGGAAAAAUGUCAUGAAGGCCCACAAGAUGAGCCCCGAUGCUUUCGUACAAAUGGCUCUCCAGCUGGCCUACUACAGGAUGUACCAGCGGUGCUGUCCAGUAUUGGAACCUGCCUCCCUGCGAACGUUCAGACUCGGCCGUCUAGCUAUGAUGAAUUCAACCUCCGGAGCCUCAGCUUCCUUCGUCAAGGCCUUCGAUGACCCCAGAAAACAGAACUCAGAGAAGGUCGAUUUAUUGGAGAACGCUUUAAAAGCACACAGACGGAACAUUAACAUGGCGAUCAGCGGACACUCUGUAUUCGGACACCUCCUGGGUCUUAAGAUGCAGGCUGUUGAGGAAAACAUCUCCAUGCCUGAUCUCUUCACAGACUCCUCCUACUCUAAAGCCUUUGACUUCAGAGUCUCUACCUCUCAGGUAACGUUAAAGUUUGGCUGUCUGCCGUGUGUUGGCCCUGAAGAUCCCGGGAUCUACAAAGUGACCUACAGCAUCAUGGACGAUCACAUUGACUUCAUGGUGUCCACUUUUGAAACUUCUGACACCUGCAAAGAAACGAAUGCACCCCUUCUGCUCCAAGCCUUGCAGGACGCACUGUUGGACAUGAGGACCCUGCUGGACCAAACGCCAAGAGCCAGACCGUGAGCUUAAUCCAGACUCACAGCAGACGUUGGAUAUUUAGUUUGAUUUCUUGCAGAGUUAGAGGAGAAGACCUUUUAAAUGUAAGAUUACAUCCAGCAGCCGGUUAGCUUAGCUGAGUAAGGGAGACCGGGGAUGGUUCGAACACGGGUCACUUCUAACAUGUCCAGUUUCUCCAAUCAGGAACAAGUUACAAACCACCUGAUUCACUCUGCCUAUGCUCAGUUUAGUCCUUAUUCCACAUGGGGAAAAAGAAGCAGCUCAGACAAUUUUAGAAUGAAGAAAUCAUUUUGAUGUGAGAGUCUGUUUUCUUGCAGGUUGUUAAUACUGCUGUUUUAGCUGUAAGGUAAGCUAGUUCCUGGCUGCAGGAGUCUGGGUUGGUUGUAUAUAUGUUUUAUUUAAAUUUCCGUAUGUGUCUGACGCACACAGUAAUGUUUAAUUAUUUUAUUAUCAUGUUCAACAGUCAUUGUCAGACCUGCAGCCUCUCUGUGGGCCAUGAGGCCGGACGUCUGUCACCACUGUAACACCCACACUCAGAUCCAGCUGGUGUACUUUAUUAUAAUGUUCACUACUAUUACUGACAGUAACUAAUAUACUUGGAACCCCCCCCACACACACACCAAUUAUGUUUAAACAGCAAUCAAGUGUUGA